UGGAUCUCUCUUUUUUUGUGAUUGGGUUUCAGAAUUCAGCAAAUGAGCAGCCUACCAUGGCGCUGUGGUAUAGGCCUGCUUUGUCUCAGGUGCGUAUAUGCCCAGAUCUACUCCUUCGAGAAGAUGGCAUUGCCUGAUGCGACAUCUUUGCAUACUUUGUAUGCUUUCUAUGUCUAUUCUCACCAAGACGCCCCAGAGAGGACUCUUGGACAGCCUUUUGUGCAGUUUCACAAUUUGAUGUUUACAGCCACCAAUCCUGCAGACGCUGAAAAAGCGAAAAACUACGGCGGGGUGCAGCUGAGCAUCCUUCCCUAUCGCAGCUUUUGGACGCUGAUCCAGCCGGACAAAUUCUGCUCUACGGCAGAGGAUGUCAGAGCAGGUGUUGCCAAAGAAGAGGGAAAGCUGUUGGCUCACAAAUCUCCCGGACAAAGUGAUGAGAGUGUGAACCUGUACUCCCAUACCGUCAACUUUGGAUCAUCCACUGAUCAACAGGUGCCAGUGCAUUCGACCGGUGUCUACAUUCUGGUCUUCUCAAACUGCGGUGAGUUCAAGGAUGGCGAGGUCAGCGGCAGUGUUAUUGCCAAGAAUUCCUAUGGCUUUCUGCCGGGCAACGAGUAUCACAAGAUGCCAUUCUACGGGUGGCUGGCCAUCUUGUACAUCUUUAUGGCGAUGAUUUGGAUGUGCUUGUCGUUGCGAUACUGGCGCGAACUUUUUCACAUUCAGUAUUGCAUCACGGCUGUGAUUUUCCUCGGCCUGGUAGAAGCAUUCCUACAGUGGAGAUUCUUCAUGGACUGGAACGAAUCUGGGCUCCGUGGAAGAUUUGUCUUCGUUCUGGCCAUCUUGGCAACCGUCGUCAAGUCGAUAUUCUCCUACAUGCUGGUGCUGGUUGCUUCCCUGGGUUGGGGUGUUACCCGGCCAUACCUAGAUCAACCUACCAUCCUCAAGGUCCAGGCUUUGUCCUGCUUUUACAUCGUCCUGGACUUUAUUCGCGAGUCGGCAUUGUCCUCCAGGCACAGCCACUCCCUGUCCAUAGCCUUUGUCCUACUUUGUUUACUUCCAGUUGCAUUACUGAAUGGAGUGAUUUUCUACUGGAUUUUCACUGCGCUGUCAUCUUUGAUAGAGACACUUGCCGAGCGCAAGCAACAAGAAAAGUUAAGGGUAUUUCAGCGAUUGUGGAAGAUUCUAGUAGCUGCCCUGAGUUUGGCAUCCUUGAGCUUGCUAUUUCAGCUCUAUGACCUGUCUAGAAGUAUCAGCCAAAGAUGGCACUAUCAAUGGUUCUUUGCCGACGGAGUUUCGCACAUCCUUUUUUGCAUGGUACUUGGUGCGAUUAUGUUUCUCUUCGCGCCGCACACCAAUAGCCAGCGAUUUGCUUACAAGCAGGUGGAAGGUGAAGAGAAAGGGGAGAGCUCUCAAGUUGCGGAUGAUAAGAAUGUUUGGGCAGAUGAGGGUGGUUUGGACGAGGAGGAAGAUGACUCCUUUUGGGCUUCAACGCAUGGGAAAGGGUCCAAGCCAGAGGCAGACAUCCUGGGAAAACAGGACGAUGAAUCCAAGAUCUGAUGGAUUCUGGUCUGGAUUCCGCUCGCGGAAACCGGGCGGCUGCUCAGGAUAUUUGGAAAUCUACUUCCAGGUGUAUUGAUGUGUAUUGAUGUGUAUUGUUGUAUAUUGUUUGUUUGGUAAUGGUGACUUUGUGAUUAUUUG